CAUUGUGUUUUUGAUUGUGGCUGUGGAGGUUUGUUUAGCAACUGGCUGAGCGUUUCGCCUCAAAAUAUUAUUAUUUAACAAAGGUUAAUUGGCUACAAAAGACAAAAAAAAUGUUACAUUGACAGGAGGUAUGUCAAGCAACGAAUGUAAACGAUAACCAUCAUACAACUGAAGACAUCUGCUUUCCAUUCAGAAACUAAAAUGACUUUUAGGCGAGAACGAAAUCUUAGAGAUAUUUAUGAGGAACGGUUUCCAGCAGGAAGAGUGGGUCCAUAUCCAAGAGAAGCUCAAGGGGACAGGAGACCACCCUUCGGGCGGCCAGACGAGGACUACGGCCGUGGUUUUGAAUAUGAUGGCUCUCGGUUUUACCCAAAUGGUGCUCCUCGCAACUACCAUGGAGAGGAUCAGAGAGGUUUUCAUGGAGACAGCCAUCUCUCAUUUCCAAAUGAGAACAGGGGUGGACCACCCGGGCGAAGGCAAGAAGACUUCCCAUACUACAGAGGGCCGAGAGAGGAGCCGCAUGGUGGGCGCCAAAUGGACUUCAGACCGAGCAGUCGUGCAGGUCCUCCCCCGAAUGCUCGAGUCCUGGGUGCUCACCCUCCUCCACCCAGGUCUCUGCCUACAAUAGCCCCUGAUGCAGGAGAUGACACCCUCAUGCAGGCCAUAAUGAACCUGGACCGGGGGGAGGAGCGGGACAACUUGAGAAGAAAGGCGCCGUUCCCUCCGGUACGCGAGCGCUCUCCAGCUCGGCGGGACGUCCCCCCUUCCCCUCACAGUCGGUCGGGGUCCAGCAUAAGCAGCCGCAGCUACUCACCAGAGCGGGGCAAAGUGCAUCCUUUCCCGCCUCAGCAGGGGAAAAGUAUAGACAGUCUGCCAAACCUGUCUGCAUUUCACUUGGAGAAAUCUCAUUGGCGGGAUCUCCCACACACACAGACUCUAGAUGGAUUUGAGGAGCCGUUCGGGCCAGGCAGGGGACCGGACAGGGAAAGGCCCCCCGGCCCCUCCGUGAGUGCAUCACGAGAUGGUUCGCCCCAUAGCUCCGUAUCAGCCACUAAGGAGGACAUGACAACGGUGGAAGGGCCCACAGAUGAAGUUCCACCCACCGUAGAUGAAGCUUCCUCUGUCAUGGACGACUUUCAAGAGCGACGAGCUCAAGCUAUUGCUGCCAAGGCUCGGGAAAUUGAGAAGGUCUAUCGUCAGGACUGUGAGACGUUUGGCAUGGUGGUGAAGAUGCUGGUGGCCAAGGAACCCACCUUAGAAAAGCCCCUGCAGAACCCACUGAAAGAGAACCUGAUUGAGAUCCGUGAGCGAUGCCUUGAUGACUUGAAAAACUUCAUUGCUGAACUCGAUGAGGUGGUACGACAGCCUGAACCUGCUGUCUAAGGUGGCCCCAUUUUACUCAACCAGCAGUCCCCCC